AUGGCAAGAGUUUUCCCCUAUCCGUCAACAGAACCUCCAGCCGAAACAAGUUUGCUUAACUUUCCAGAGAAAUUAUGGUGGAUAGUCAAUAAUCCCAAACGUGAAGAAAUUCACUGGAAUUCUGAAGGUACAAGUAUUGUUAUACCAAACACUCGAAAAUUUGUCGACGAGAUUCUAAAUAGUCCAUCGAGUGCGCUUUUCAAGACGAAGAAUUUCUCGAGUUUUGUUCGACAGUUAAACUUGUAUGGCUUUCGCAAAGUCACUGAAUACCCCAAAAAGACAGUACAUUCUCCACUUUUGGUACCUUCCAAGUGCGAGUUCAAGCAUACUUUUUUUCGUAAAGGAAGGCGAGGUAAGAUGAACGUACUGUUUUGAUGUUUGUUUGUUUGUUUAAUUUGUUUUGUUUUGUUUUUUGCUAAAGUUGUUCAUGUCUGUUUUCUUUAUCGUUCUCUUCUUUUGUUCUGUUUUGUUUUUUGUUUUGUUUCAUUGUUUGUUUCCUAGAUCGGUAAUCAGGAAAUCAAAAUCGUUUUCGGGAAUCCGGCGAAAUGUCGUUGGUUUGAAAUGCACGCCUGAACUCAAACUAAAAACAAAACUGAGUGUCCUAAAUUACAUCCUUCUCAAUUCCUUGGUUUAGUUUCCGCUUUUAGACUUGUGGCUCUCCUAACCAACUCACCGAUGACCAGGCAAAAAAUAACAAACAAACGAAUUGCAUUAAAAGAAAAGAACACUUUUUCUAUAUUUCUCUGAAAGCAGCUUUUGGGAUUGUGAUCAAAAGUCUGUACAUUUAGAUUAUUUUGAUAUCUUUACCGUAGAAAAACAACAACAACCGUAAAACCUGGCUUGUGCGCUUUUUCUCUCUGCAGAUCUCUUAGUCAACGUUAAAAGACAGUUAUACACACCGAGAAAAUCCGAGGACAAGCAACAGAGAAAACCAGCCUCUCUCUUCAAAGAAAAACAGUCUGAUUCCAUUUCGCCGACCCUCUCUUGGAAUCCUACUCUGUAUACACCUAUGCCAUUUAUCCCCUGGCAAGCUUCGUUUCAAAUGCCGCUCACUCUUUACGCGCCGUUUUGCAAUGCAUAUCAGUUAGCACAAUUGCAACAGGGACCUGUUGCCAGUGGACUGGGGAUACCUGGGCAGCUUCAACAGAGCCCCACGAAUACCCAAAUGGGAAGUGAUGGGUGUGUAAAUUCUGUUUCCUCAUUUACGCCACCUCAACUAGGGGCUGCUGGAGGUGUUGUGUUUUUGCCAUCCCAUGGAAAUCUGCCCGCAACAGCUACUUCUGAAGGUAAAUUACAUGUAUUUCUGAUCAAUGUACUGCAAUUCGAUACAACAUUGUAGAUCAAUUAGUCGAUGGAUUGACUGUGAGAAGGAACAUUAACUGUUCCAAACUGUCGGCUGCUUUGAGUGACACACAGUCGAUUUAUAUGAUUGAAGGACGUCAAUUGAUUGACUAAAUGAAUGUGAGAGAGUGAAUGAAUUAAUCAGUGAACGACUUUCUGAAUGGCUAACCAAUCAACCAUCUCAUCAACUGUCUCGUUCACUGACUGGCAGGCUGACUAUUUGACCAAUCGACUUUCUGGUAGACUGACUGGUAAUCUGAUCUAGCUGAAUCUCUUUUGACCUGCGGAACAUUAAAUAAGCAUAUUUACCGGCUAUUUUAAAAGUAUUUUCGGGUGACUGACCGACCGACCUACUGCAUAUACACCUGACAACCGUCCUGGUAAUGACCAAAUUACCCAUCAACUGACCGGCUGACUAGCCUGUUCCAGGCGUUCCAAUUGUAAGGACAGAGCAAAGAGAUGUGAGCAGGAAAAACAGCGAGGGGUUGGGUAGAUGCCCUCUCCCUCUCUCCCUUAUUUUUUUCCUCCGCUCUCUGGCUUCGCGCCGUACUCCACUAUCUUAACGCUUACAACAGGCUACUGACUGACAAGUGUGUAGUAUGGUUCUUACCUGACUCGCGUCACACUGAUCCCCGGCCCAUUUUCAGUAGCUAUGUACUGACUGAUUGUGAAAACUGUACACCAUCCCUUUAGGUGCAAAUGGUCUCAAUUCUCCGCUAAUGACAACAUCAACAGCAGAUGCAGGCACAAACUCUGCACAAAACGCUCACCCAGAGAGCAAUGUUCCGCUUUCCACUUAUAUCGUAGACACUGAUUCUGGUGCUAAGCGCACUGACCAGCUUACGGGGCAAAGCAAAGCUGAUGUAGCGAGUGAUUGUUCGACAACAAAUAGCAGCUUCAUCACAGGAUAUACAAGUGCUUCCGUCAGUAACAAGCCUACCUUACCUGCAGAAAAUAUCACCUCUGUGUCAUUUUGA